AUGACUGAAAAUGCGUACAUAUGUGAGUCCUCACAGAAUUUUUCAGAAAACACGGUAUAUUUUGAGAGCGUUGUUUAACAAAUGUAAAAUUGUGAAGAGAAUAGCAAGAAACGGUCUAGAGAGUCAUUGUUUCAGGUUCUCCCGUCCAACUACCUGAUGAUUCUGUUAUUAUUUUUCUAGACGAAGAAUCUGGACAGGGUUGUGAAGAAUGUGAUUUAGUAAGUUUUCUUGUGUUUGUCACAAGUUCAACUUCUUUUUUAGGAAUCGCUUAGACAGGGAAGCGCAUGUGGAGCAAGAGUCAAAGAUGAUAUUGUAGAAGAGGUUUCAUGUUUUGAAGGCAAGUUUAAUGACUUUAUGACAAGCUUGUGAAAAUGAUGAAAAUCAAAUGACCUGAAAGAAUGAAGAGGAACAAGACACGUCGUUUCAAAAGUGCUCACCCCAACAAUUCUCGGUUAUGAAGCGUGUAAUUCGUUUGUCGGGGUUGAAAGCUCAUGUUGAAUGAGCGAGUUUCUCAAAAUUAAUAGAAUGCCGAUUUAAAUUUAGUUCCUCCAUUGUGCGUUGAAGCGUUCGAAUUGCGAUAUGCGGCAAUGAUGAACUUGACAAGCAGAGUGGUUAGACGGGGUUCUGAAAGGAUUAAGUUAGCUUGGCAUAGAAAUUCUAAAGUGAGACAAGAAUUUUCACAGGCUGCGACAGGAUCUACAAAAAAACUCGAAGAAGCCAGUUCAAAACGAUUCUCCUAAAAGCAAGAAAAGUACUACGCUGCAAAAAUCUCGUAUUUUCAGAAUCAAUGAUCAUUUUUUACUGAAAAAUAACUCGGUAGCAAUAUUGCCAAAUUCUUAUCAAUCAUAUAUUUUUUAAGAUCAUUGUACACUCAGAAAACAACCAAGAACGGUCAAGCCCAGCUAAGCGAAAAUUGAAAACUAAAAGAGCGAACAAAAUGAUGGACUUGGAUGCAAAACUGGCUAAAAAUCAACAGAAACGUUUAUUUAUUGGUACAACAACUACUACAAUAAAGCCUAUUCCAACAGAGCCGAUUUGUGAGGAUAAACAUAAUGUAACUUUUAUUUCAGUUUCAUUUAACUAACAAUAUAUGGUGUUUCUAGUUGUGCUGCUUCUGGGCAGUCACUGGCGAAUGCAGCAAAAACCCGUUCUGGAUGAAACUGAACUGCGCUAAGACUUGUGGAACUUGCCACUGCAGCUGUUCGUUUGAAAUCUUUUACUUAACUUUUUUUGAACAUACGAAUUUUUCAGUAGGAGAUGCGGAUAAGUGUAAUUCCAAAGGGGUCCAUUGCAAGUUCUCAACAACAACGAAAAUCAUCACGACUACACCUACAACUCAAAAACCAACUACUACUACUACUUUCACUCCGACCGCCACCACUACUGUGCGACUAUGAGUUUUUUUGCCAAAAAUAACACAGAUUUUUAAAAGUUCCUUCUUUAUUGAGAACAGAAAAGUAAUCUUAAGUGUCCAACUGCUUAGCUUUUAUUUGUGUUGUGCGUUUUCUGUUCAAUAUUCAUUUCCGAUUGGACCACCAUUACCUGUUUUUUUUUUCAGAAAAAGAAGUAUACACGACCAUAUUCACCUCCAGCCAACGGAUUCAGACGUACCCAGUCUACGCCCACACUUCCGACAAAGAAGGUAUAUAUUAUAUAAUGUUCUAUUUCAAAAUUGGCAGUAAUCACUGUCUCCCCAAUGGCUAAUGCUAAAUUGAGCUCCGCGUUAAAACGGAGUGUCGUUGAAAACAAAAGCAGAUCUGAAAUUUCUGGAUUUUUUUUCCGAAAACCCGAAACCUCAUCUGAAAAUGAGAAAAAUGAUGUAAAACAGAGAAUUUCAGAAUUUUAAAUAACAGCUGUGACCUUAAAUUAGCGUUUUCAAAUUUAGCGUUUUCCACAAGAAAGCGCGCAUUAUUGCACUUUUCUGUGAAUUUCAGUCCGGAUUCUCAAAAACUGAAAUUUCUCAGUCAUUUUUGCAUUUUAUGGACCGUCUCUGUGCUCAAAAUGACCGCCUUUGUCAAUCGUGAGGCAACUGUUUUUUGAUUCUGUCAACUGUUUUCUCAAAACUUCCGAACGUUCGUUUUUUCAAGCCAAAUUUAUAAAACGAAAUUACUCUUCGAAUUUUCACUUUUACACGAGCACUCUGUGAUCAUUUUGUAGGUAUCGGUCAUACGAACAAACGAAAGGCAAACGUUUUGAAGGGAAACUGUGCAUAAUCCCAAAAACUCGGGAAAACAUCAUUUUCAGUUGAAAAACCGUAUCCCGUAAAUCGACACUGAGAGCCGCACGCAAAAAAGCGCGCGAAAAUUUUUUUCGACGAAGGGGAGACAGUUGUAAUAAGUCAAAGUUAAAUGUUCUGAUUUUUAAGACGCCUGAAGAAGUGUUCACAACCACUGUAACUACUACACAACCGCCAACAACUACAAUUCCACCAACAACAAAAGAUGACAGCUGCAAGGACCAUCAUGCGGAAUGUACAUUUUGGUUUAUGCUAGGCGAAUGCACCAAAAACCCAUUCUACAUGCGCCCAAAUUGUCAAAAAUCCUGUAAAUCAUGUGGCGAACAUGUUGACACUGUUUAUGCAGCAACUCCUCGUCCCGGUAAGAAACAGUAUCUUUAAAACAUAAUUAUUUCUAGAUAAAAGUAUCAUUCAUCAGAAUUUUUCUAACGGAAAAUGUAAUAGAACUAGUUCUAUUUGGAUUUAAAUUGAAUGCAUCAAUGUUUCAAAAUUUUGAAAUCACUCAUUCAAAAAAUAUACUUUCAGGUUGUGA